AUGUCUGAAGUUAAAGAAUUAGUUCAUGACAUCGACAUUGUGCAGCACAGCAAAGUGGAAAAUGAAGCAUUUUACCUGGAGCUUGUGCUGUGUUUUGUUAGAACUUUGCAGCAAGCCCAGGAUGGAAAUGUUAGCAUGAGAGAAGAUAGACCCGUUAUAGUGGCAGGUCCGAUCUGCACCACAUCUGAGUAUUGGAUAAAUUGUACUUGCACCUCCAAAGCCAAUCCACCAGCCAACACAACAUGGGAAGCCAAUGGGAGAAUGAUGUCUGGGAAUGGCUCAAAUGGAGAAGCCGACACAUGGGACCAGAGAAAUUCCCACCUGCACCUCUCGCUGACACAGGAUCAUCCAAUUCAAACUGGAGAUGUGAUCACGUGUAUUGCAGCCAAUGAGCAUGGCAAUAGCAUCAGCAAGUAUCAGCUCCAUUCUGAUGGUGGGACGUCUGGGACAAAUAUUCUCAUGAUUGGAGGAAUAGCGGCUGGGCUUAGUGUUUUCAUUGCAAUUGCAGCAAUCAUAAUGUUACGGAUGAAGAAAUUGAAAGAGUCCACCCUUGACACCAAAACGAAUGACAAUUUCAUAAUUUAUAGUAGUCUACAAUUGUCAACAAACACUGAGAAUGACUCUCGCACACUUGGCCAGCAAUUGGCACAAACAACUGAGAAUGAACCCAUUGUAUAUGCAGCGAUCAGAGUCUGAAAACAUCAUGAACGUCAAAAAUGAGCCAGGAUCGUGCUGCCUGCUUCUUUUGGUGAUGAUAAUGACCAUACCGUAACAUAUUAUAAAUCUGUACAGACACUGUUGCCUUGCAAAACGAGAA